CACUUUAUCAAAAAAGAUGGACAAGGUCAAGAUAUUGGAUGGUGGUGCUGCGGACGAACUUAUAAUACAAGGAAAAAAGGAAAUUUAUGAAGAUCCACUUUGGACGGCAGGACUUCUCCACACAGAUCCAGAGUCAAUAUUAUCUCUUCAUAAAAGUUUUCUAAAGGCAGGAGCAGAUGUUAUACUGACGGUCAGUUACCAAGCAUUUAUAGAUGGAUUCAUGAAACAUCUCAGUAUAACUGAAGAUGAAGCCAUAGGGCUUAUCAAGAAGAGUGUGUACCUAGCAAAACAAGCCUGCAAGGAGGUGGCACAAGAAACUGGUGAAAAGGAAGGUCAGGUGGCAGGCUCAAUUGGUCCAUAUGGAGCAUGCCUACAUGAUGGUUCUGAGUACACAGGCAAAUACAUGGAUACUGUAUCUAUACAGGAAAUACAGAAGUGGCAUUUACCUAGAUUGAAAGCUUUAUCAGAAGCUGGUGUAGACAUGGUUGCUAUAGAAACAAUACCCUCUAAACUGGAGGCAGAGGCUGUAGUAAACUUGAUAGAAAAACAGUUUCCAGAUUUAAAAGCAUAUGUGACAUUUUCUUGUCGGAAUGGUGAAGAAACAUGCUAUGGUGAGAAAUUUUGUGAUGCUGUUAAAGCAGUGUGUUCCUCGUGUAACGUUAUCGCGGUGGGAGUAAAUUGUACUGGUCCACAAUAUAUUAACUCCCUUUUGAAGAGUUUACAAGGAUUAAGUAUUCAGAAGCCAAUUCUUGUGAAACCAAAUAGCGGAGAGUUAUGGAAAUCUGGGAAAGGGUGGUAUGGUAAAGAGACAUGCCCGGAUUUGUCUGACUGUGUACAGGAAUGGAUAGACCUUGGUGCAUCUUGGGUAGGCGGCUGCUGUCGUGUCUAUCCUUCAGAUAUCAAAAAAAUGAAAGACAAAAUUAAACAAAUAUAUGAUAAAUGAUUUUAACAUAAGUGGUUGAUAGACUAUGAUAGAUUGCAAUGAAAUAAAAUUUUAAAAAGUUUGUAUGUUUAAACUUUUAAUGAUUUGGUGUCAGACAAAACUAAGCAAAUAUACAAUAAAUGAUUUUUACAAUAAAUGAUUUUACAUAAGUGAUUGAUAGACAAUGAGAGAUUGCAAUAAAUUGAAAUCUUAAAAUUUUGAAUUUUUAAAAAGUUAAUGAUUUUGUGUAUACAGUGUUUUAGCGUUAUGUCUUUGUGUUAAUAUUCCCUCUGUGUACAAGUGUUUCAAAAAUACACCUUAUAAAUCUCGAAAUAUUCUAGUCAACUCCAACUUUACAUAAAAUAAAGGCUAUAGCAAUUUGCAGAACCAAAUGCAAUAUUAGGGGAUAACAGAAGGAUACCUUCAAUAGUAAAUUUGCAAAAAUCCAUUAUCCAGUAUUGUUUUGCAUACACAUGAAAUAUUUUACUUUCGGUUUACUUGACAUUGAUCUUUGUUAAUUGAUGUAUUUUAUAUACAAACAAAUGAUAAAUUACUUUUGCUUAUCUUAUCAUUAGUGCUAUACAAUGUGGUGGCACAGCAUUUCACAAAUGUUAUCUUGAUUUUAUUAUGCAGAUUAUUAAAUCAUUUUCUAUACUUUCUGGAUUUU